AUGACCUCUAGACUGCGCGUGCUGUGUCUGCAUGGCUUCACAUCGAAUGGCCAGGUGCACGCCCAUCAGGUGCGCCGCAUCACCAAAGCUCUGCCACAAUACGACUUCCUCUUUCCCGACGGUCCGCACGUCGUGAACGUCAAGCAACAAAUGGACAUGGACACACCUGGCAAUCAAGCUUGGUCAGACAUGGUCAACACUCUCUCCUCUUCCGGACACCGGGCGUGGUGGUUCGCGCGAGAUGGGCACUGGAAUGAUGCAGAGGCUGGCGGUUUUUAUGGCUUCUCGCAGGGCGCCUGCUUUGCGGGGAUGCUGUGCGCCUUGAUGCAGGAGAAAUUGAGCGGCCAUGCUCUGCGCAAACAUCUCCCUGCCAAGCUCUCGCCUCCAAUGGCUGGAGUGAUCUUUUCUGGCUUCAGAGCCAGGUUCCCGCAGUAUGAUGGCUUGUAUGAGCCUGGCAUUGAUAUGCCCAUGUUGCAUGUCAUUGGAAAGCUGGACGCGCUUGUGCGAAGCGAGCGCAGUGAAGCCUUCAUUCGUGUUUGCAAGAACUCCGAUAUGCUGUUACAUGAAGGCGGUCAUGACAUACCGAAGUCAGAUGAGCAUCAAGCACGGCUUAUUGAGUUCUUGAAGACACAUGUGAGGGCUAAUGAUGAGCAGUGGAUUCGAGCGCAGGCGUCGAUGUAA